AUGUCUCCAAAUGCAAAGGGUAAAGUUGUCAUUGAUGAAUUACCAGAAAAUGAUGAUCAAGGGGCUAAAGUUGAGGGCCAAGUUCAUGUAGAAUCUCCAUCGAAAAAUAUGAAACAUGUUAAUGAUGAGCCUAUUGGUGAGUACAUGUCUCUGAUUCUUUUUUGGAGUAAGAAUGAUACUUUCUCACAGAGUAUACAAGGGGUAAAGUUGGGAAUUCCAAAGGAGGAUGGUUCAACUGAUAUUCAGGAGGCACCAACUUCUGUUCAUAUUGAUGAGAUGAAUGGUGUUAGGGAGGCUACGACUAGUGUUGAGAAGACAUCAACUAUUUUGAAGGAUGCUACAACACCCCGUGUUAAUAAUGACGAUCAACAAUUGAAUGAGCUAUUUAAUAACCUUAUAGACAAUUUGAUUAGAACUGAUGAGGAUGAUGCAGAGUAUGAAGGGGAUGGAGAAUCCGAAGAGGGUAAUCUAAAGUAUAAAAAGGAUGAUGAAUCUCAAGAAAGUGAUCCAAAGUAUGAAGAGGGUGAUGAAUCUCAAGAAAGUGAUCCAGAGUAUGAAGAGGAUGGGAAACAAAUAGAAGAUGAAGAUCAAGUGGAUGACAUUUGA